AUGGAGGUUUCAGAGGGUGGAUUUACACCAGUGGGAAAAAAACGUUCUCGUAGACCUUCCCCACCCACAUCCCCCACACAAAACAGAAAAAACACACCACAGACAACGAAAAAGAAAUCCUGCCCUACUGUCCCGGAAGAAAACCAAAAUUUAAUUUUAAUAGAAUAUGAUACAACGGACACGUACACUAAUGACAUCAUUGUACAGCAUAAAAAGACUAUAUUGUACCCCCUACUCCAAGAAUGGAAGAACAGAUGUGCAAUGUUAGACGAAUCCCUAUACCGAGAAUUAAGGGACAGGAAAAUUGUGGACUUGCCAAACUGUGAAGAGAGACAAGAAGGGGACGGAUCCACGUGUGGUGAGGGUCACUUGAAUAUGCACAAGCGUAUUCAUACAGGAGAGAAGCCAUAUCACUGCAACAUCUGUGGCAAAUCUUUCUCUGCCAGUAGGAACCUAACUACUCAUAAACGUAUUCAUACAGGAGAGACACCAUAUUCUUGUGAUAUCUGUGGUAAAUUAUUCUCUCAAAGUGACCACUUAACUGCUCACAAACGUUUCCAUACAGGAGAGAAGCCAUAUCAGUGCAACAUCUGUGGUAAAUCUUUCUCUGCCAGUUGUAACCUAACUAAACAAACAUAUUCAUACAGGAGAGACACCAUAUUCUUGUGAUAUCUGUGGUAAAACAUACUCUAAAAGUGGGUACUUAACUGUUCACAAACGUAUUCAUACAGGAGAGAAGCUGUAUCACUGCGACAUCUGUGGCAAGUCUUUCUCUCUCAGUAGGAACCUAACUACACAUAAGCGUAUUCAUACAGGAGAGAAGCCCUAUCAAUGUGAUGUCUGUGGUAAAUCAUUCUCCUACCAAAGUGCUUUCAUUUCUCACAAACAUUUCCAUACUGGAGAGAAGCUAUAUCCUUGUGAUACCUGUGGAAGGUCAUUCACUCAACGUGGCAACUUAACUUCUCACAAACGUGUUCAUCAGGGGAAGAAGCAAUCCCACUGAUAUUUGUGCUAAAUCAUAAUCUGUAAGGGGUGACUGAACCCUUUACCAUGCAGAUUAUUCUGUCGAAUGUGAGGGUUAUUUAUUCACAUUAUUUUCAAUUUGUCCUGCAUUAACCCACAGCUUUCAAAUUUUGAUGAUAUGAUUGUGUAUUUUCACAAUGACAUUGUAGGGUAGGUGUAAGAAGCCGACUCUGACUAGUUUGAUCAUAAAAUAGGUAGAAUAUUUGGGCCAGAUAUGGCUGGUUUAAAUUCUAAAGAGUGGACACUAGAUGUACCAACACUUCUUACUUCUCACAAGGACCAUAAGGGGCCAUUAUUGACUGCCAUUGAAAAUAUUUCAUCAUCAUCAUUUAACGUCCGUUUUCCAUGCUAGCAUGGGUUGGACAGUUCAACUGGGGUCUGGGAAGCCUGUAGGCUGCACCAGGCUCUUGUCUGAUCUGGCAGUGUU